GCAUGUUAAUGAGGCGGGGCGCGGCGGCCGGCUAAGCAGGCUGCUGGGCGGCGGCGGCGGUGGCUGGCUCGGGGCGGCCGGGAGCGAGUGGCGAAGACCGGGGUCUCUGGCCGGAGCCGACCAGAACAUGGAGCCGUCCGGCGGGGGCCUGGGGCCCGGCCGCGGGACCCGGGACAAGAAGAAGGGUCGGAGCCCAGAUGAGCUGCCGGCCACGGGCGGCGACGGCGGCAAACCCAAGAAAUUCACUUUGAAGCGGCUCAUGGCAGAUGAGCUGGAAAGAUUUACCAGCAUGAGGAUUAAGAAGGAGAAGGAAAAGCCCAAUUCUGCUCACAGAAACUCCUCUGCAUCAUAUGGAGACGACCCCGCUGUGCAGCCAUUGCACGACAUCACAGAUGAGCAAGUCCUCGUCUUCUUUGAGCAGAUGCUGGUGGAUAUGAACCUGAAUGAGGAGAAGCAGCAGCCUUUGAGAGAGAAGGAUAUUGUCAUCAAGAGGGAGAUGGUGUCCCAGUAUUUGCACACUUCCAGUGCUGGCAUGAACCAGAAAGAGAGCUCUAGAUCUGCCAUGAUGUACAUUCAGGAGCUGAGGUCAGGCUUGCGGGAUAUGCAUCUGCUUAGUUGCCUUGAGUCUCUUCGAGUCUCUCUCAACAAUAACCCUGUCAGUUGGGUGCAGACAUUUGGUGCUGAGGGCCUAGCCUCCCUAUUGGACAUCCUCAAACGACUCCAUGAUGAGAGAGAGGAAACUUCUGGAAGCUAUGACAGCCGGAACCAGCAUGAGAUUAUCCGCUGCUUGAAAGCUUUCAUGAACAACAAGUUUGGAAUCAAAACCAUGUUGGAGACAGAAGAAGGAAUCCUACUGCUGGUCAGAGCCAUGGACCCUGCUGUUCCCAAUAUGAUGAUUGAUGCAGCUAAGUUGCUGUCUGCUCUUUGUAUCCUACCACAGCCAGAGGACAUGAAUGAACGAGUUUUGGAGGCAAUGACAGAGAGGGCUGAAAUGGAUGAGGUUGAGCGCUUCCAGCCACUGCUGGACGGACUAAAAAGUGGGACCUCAAUUGCACUCAAAGUGGGAUGCCUACAGCUGAUCAAUGCUCUCAUCACUCCUGCAGAAGAACUUGACUUCCGAGUUCACAUUCGAAGUGAACUGAUGCGCUUGGGGCUGCAGCAGGUGUUGCAGGAGCUUCGGGAGAUUGAAAAUGAGGAUAUGAGAGUACAGCUGUCCGUGUUUGAUGAGCAAGCGGAGGAAGACUUCUUUGAUCUGAAGGGACGGCUGGAUGAUAUCCGCAUGGAGAUGGAUGACUUUGGUGAAGUCUUCCAGAUUCUUUUAAAUACGGUGAAAGAUUCAAAGGCAGAGCCACACUUCCUGUCCAUCCUGCAGCAUCUCUUACUGGUCCGAAAUGAUUAUGAUGCCAGGCCACAGUACUAUAAAUUGAUUGAAGAAUGUAUCUCUCAGAUAGUGCUACAUAAGAAUGGGACUGACCCUGACUUCAGGUGCCGGCACCUCCAGAUUGAUAUUGAGGGAUUGAUUGAUCAAAUGAUUGAUAAAACAAAGGUGGAAAAGUCCGAGGCCAAAGCUACAGAGCUGGAAAAAAAGUUGGACUCAGAGUUAACAGCCCGGCAUGAGUUACAAGUAGAAAUGAAGAAGAUGGAAAAUGACUUUGAACAGAAACUUCAGGAUCUUCAAGGAGAAAAGGAAGCAUUGGAUUCUGAGAAGCAGCAGAUUGCUACAGAAAAGCAAGAUCUGGAAGCGGAGGUGUCCAAGCUGACGGGAGAGGUUGCCAAGCUGUCCAAAGAGCUAGAAGAUGCCAAGAAGGAGAUGGCUUCUCUCUCUACUGUGGUUGUCCCUCCUUCUGACUCGAGCAGCGCUGCCGCUCCUCCUGCCCCUCCUCUGCCUGGUGGCCCUGGCACUGUUAUCCCACCCCCCCCACCCCCGCCUCCUCUUCCUGGCGGUGCCUUCCCACCUCCUGCCCCUCCUUUGACUGGGGUCGCUGCCAUCCCCCCGCCCCCUCCUUUGCCUGGAGGUGCUUCUAUACCCCCUCCCCCUCCUUUGCCUGGGGUCCCUGGCAUACCCCUUCCCCCUCCAUUGCCUGGCAGUACUGCUGUACCCCCUCCCCCUCCUUUACCUGGGUCUGCUCCCAUCCCCCCGCCCCCUCCUUUGCCUGGAGGUGCUACUAUACCAGUUCCACCUCCUUUGCCUGGAAGUGUUGGGCCCCCACCACCACCUCCCUUGCCUGGAGGACCAGGACUGCCUCCCCCCCCUCCCCCCUUACCCGGAGGCCCAGGUAUCCCUCCACCUCCACCCGGAAUGGGCUUGCCUCCACCACCCCCCUUUGGAUUUGGGAUUCCUGCAGCCCCAGUUCUGCCAUUCGGAUUAACACCUAAAAAAGUUUAUAAGCCAGAGGUGCAGCUCCGGAGGCCAAAUUGGUCCAAGUUUGUGGCUGAGGACCUUUCCCAGGACUGCUUCUGGACAAAGGUGAAGGAGGACCGCUUUGAGAACAACGAGCUUUUUGCCAAACUUACCCUUGCCUUCUCUGCCCAGACCAAGACUUCCAAAGCCAAGAAGGAUCAAGAAGGUGGAGAAGAAAAGAAAUCUGUACAAAAGAAGAAAGUAAAAGAGCUAAAAGUGUUGGACUCAAAGACAGCCCAGAAUCUCUCGAUCUUUUUGGGCUCCUUCCGCAUGCCCUAUCAAGAGAUUAAGAGUGUUAUCCUGGAGGUGAAUGAGGCUGUUCUCACGGAAUCUAUGAUCCAGAACCUCAUUAAACAGAUGCCAGAACCAGAGCAGUUAAAAAUGCUUUCUGAAAUGAAGGACGAGUAUGAUGAUCUGGCUGAGUCAGAGCAGUUUGGCGUGGUGAUGGGCACAGUGCCCCGUCUUCGGCCUCGCCUCAACGCCAUUCUCUUCAAGCUGCAAUUCAGUGAGCAAGUUGAGAAUAUCAAGCCAGAGAUUGUGUCUGUCACUGCUGCGUGUGAGGAGCUGCGUAAGAGCGAGAGCUUCUCCAGCCUCCUGGAGAUCACACUGCUUGUUGGGAAUUACAUGAAUGCUGGCUCCAGGAAUGCUGGUGCUUUUGGCUUUAAUAUCAGCUUCCUCUGUAAGCUCCGAGACACCAAGUCUGCAGAUCAAAAGAUGACUCUAUUGCAUUUUCUGGCUGAGUUAUGUGAGAAUGACUACCCUGAUGUCCUCAAGUUUCCUGAUGAGCUUGCCCAUGUAGAGAAAGCCAGCCGAGUUUCUGCUGAGAACUUGCAGAAGAACUUAGACCACAUGAAGAAACAGAUCGCUGAUGUGGAACGUGAUGUUCAGAAUUUCCCAGCUGCCACAGACGAAAAGGACAAGUUUGUUGAGAAAAUGACUAGUUUUGUGAAGGACGCACAGGAACAGUAUAACAAGCUACGCAUGAUGCACUCCAACAUGGAGACUCUGUAUAAGGAGCUGGGUGACUACUUCAUCUUUGACCCUAAAAAGUUGUCUGUGGAAGAAUUCUUUAUGGAUCUGCACAAUUUUAGGAAUAUGUUCUUGCAAGCAGUUAAGGAGAAUCAGAAGCGCCGAGAAACAGAGGAAAAGAUGCGGAGAGCAAAAUUAGCCAAGGAGAAGGCAGAAAAGGAGCGACUGGAGAAACAGCAGAAGCGAGAGCAGCUCAUAGACAUGAAUGCAGAGGGAGAUGAGACAGGAGUGAUGGACAGUCUUCUAGAAGCUCUGCAGUCAGGGGCAGCAUUCCGACGAAAGAGAGGGCCCCGUCAAGACAACCCUUUGUGCCCUUGGGAGAAGGAGGAGGAGGAGGAGGAGACCUCUAAGUUGUCAACAGGAAAGCUGGGUGUGCAGUCACAUCUCUGCUAGCCUCGGAGCUGACCAAGGAUGAUGCCAUGGCUGCUGGUCCUACUAAGGUGCCCAAGAAAAGUGAAGGAGUCCCCACAAUCCUUGAGGAAGCCAAGGAGCUGGUUGGCCGUGCAAGCUAAGCUGGGCUCUACGGCCAUUGCUGCUCCUAAGCGAAGCCCAGACUAUCGACCUGCGGCAUGUGCCUAAAUGGUCAUGCAGUGGCCACUCCACCACCUGACCCUGUCUUUCUGUCUGGCCUGCUGCUCUCUGAACAUCACAUACAGCUUCAGCUGCCUGGAGGCCAGAAGGAAAGGGCAGUGUAGGGAUGGCCUGAGCCCAGCCCAGCCACCCCUGGCUGUGGUAUUACCAAAGCAGGGUCCGUGUUUGCUGCCUUAACCCUGUCUCCUUCAUGUUAUCCAGCGGUCCUGGUCUCAGACGAAACCCAGCCUGCUUUCUCAGCCCCACUUUCCAGUGGGCUCCCCUAGGUCAAUCUUGCUGGCUUUGCGCUUCUCUUUUGCGGUUUCUCUGGCCCUGAGAAUAGCAUGGGACGUAGGAACCUUUGGGCUAGAUCGUUUUACUGCUGUCACCUCUGCUUUCCUCCUGGCAGUUAUUUAUUACGCGUGCUGUGGCAUUGGGAGCUGUUUCUGCAAAAGCAGGAAGCAAAUCCCACCCUUACCCACUUUCCUGGGCGGUCUCCAGGCAAAGGGUCUCAACCACUCUCCCCGUUGCACUGUGGCUCCGGGCUGAGCCAGAGGCAGGUAGUAGGGCAAAGUGGCAGUGUGGGGCCCGCCCCCUGCCCGCUGCCGUGCUUUGUGCCCUUGCCUCCCUGGACUCUGCACUGCCCCCCUCCGCCCUGCAGCUGAGCCCCUCUACCCCAUGCCUUCCCCGAAGCUGUAGUGUGACCAGCCCAACACCUCACCCCCUCCAUCCAAGGAAAUGGGAGGUGGAGCCUCCUGGCUAAGAAAUUGUUUUGCAAAUGGAUCUAUUUUUAUAUGAAAAAAAUUUUUAAGAAAAAUAACUUUGGUCCCCUUCCAUAAUAAAAGAGGCUUUGAUGGUAGGUUCGAGCAUUCCUGGAGUCAGUCCUGAACAUGGCCUAGGUGUUGGCCCCGUUCCUCAAGACUAAAGCCUAAGGCCAAGGCAGACCUUCCCUAGCAUCAGUUCCGGUUGGGCUGGGCCACACCAUAAGGUAGCAAGAGCUCCCAUCCCGUGUUUUCAUGAAUGUAUAAAUUAUCAAGCCAAACAGUUCUAAGUGAGUGCUGAGAAGUGGACACAGGGUGUAGUUCCUCCCCGCCCCCCAAGCAACGAGUCAGACUGCAUGGCCCAGACCUCAGGAGCUCAGAUCUCUGGCUCAGGGUCUCUCUUGUCCUCCUUGCCCUUCCGGGCUACAGAGAAGGAAUGAUACUGCCGGGGCUUGACACAGAGUUAGAGUUGCCGGAGCAUGGGGUGCAAGGGGCACCAGUACAGGAGCCCUGCGGCCAGGGUGGACGGUUUGCGUUGCUAGAGCUUGUGUCUGAAGGAGCAGUGGCAGCUCCAGGGCAGCCCCCUGUGAAGACUGCAGGGUCGGGUCUUCCCUGAGCCUCUUCAUGAGCUGACAUCUGGGGUUUUGACCCUUUUCUUUUUUAAUCACUUUUGCUAAAAUGCAUUUAAUUAAAAGUUUUUUAAGUAGAGGGGACAAAAUGCAAGCCCCCUGCCUCUUGGGCUUCUGGGAUGUCAUCACCUCCAGUUUGAUGGGUUUGUUUUCAACUGUCAAUAAAGCAUUGAAACAGA